GCAACUAGCUUUCCACAUAUCGCACAGUUGUCAAGAGGUCGUCGUAGCCGCGGCUACUGCUGCGUUACAGCACUCAUAAGAGCGACCAAGUCUCUUUUUUUUUUCUCGUCUUCCUUUUGGCCACUUUGUCCUCCCGUCCCGUCGACAUUCAUCGCAAUAAGUCUGUUCAUUUGCACUUUUUGAAUUUGCACAUCGACACUGUCAUCGAUUGUUGCAUAAUCAUGCGGCUUUUUUUUACGUGAGUGACUGACAUAGCCUCCCGACGAUUAAACUAGUGUACCGGAGAACGUUCAAUUUUCGCAACAAGAGAAAUGGAAGAUCAAGUUACAACCAGCGCUCACAUUCCUCUGCGAGAAAAUCUUGUAAAUACUGCUGUUAAGUUCCUGCAAAAUCCAAAGGUCUCUGUAAGUCCCAUUCAACAGAAGCAAGAUUUUCUGAGACGUAAGGGACUGACAGAAAGAGAAGUGCAAAGAGCGUGUGAAAUAGCAUCUGUUGAUACAAAUACAAUGCCCAAACAAAAUGACUACAGUGUUGUGACAAUAUCUUCUGGACAGAUUAAUUCACAGUACCCAACACAAGUUAUUCAGCCAAGUAUCUUUUAUAGAAUUAAAGAAUUGUUAAAUGGAAUAGUUCUAGUAGCUGCCAGCUGUUACUCUGUUUACUGGCUGUACAAGAAAGUAAUAAGUCCCUUACUAUUUGGUCGCAAAAUAGAUCCAAAAGACCCUGUCAUUGAACUAGAUAAGAAUAUUCAACAAGUUAAGGAAUCAAUCAUACAAGUUAAAAAUGAUGUUCAACAAUUGACACAGAGUCAAGUAGUUGACCCUUCAGUACCUCAACUGGUUCAAGAAUUGAAACAGGACUUGGCUAGUUUAAAGUCUCUUUUAUUGUCACGGAAACAGUUUCCAAGUGCACCAGCUUCCAUUCCAUCAUGGCAAUUGGAAGCCUCAAGCCAGGGUCAAGAAAAAGCAAACGAAAGAGAAGAUGAUGCUGGUAGCGGUAGUAGUACCAACAAUUCGGAUAGUUCCCUGGAAAUGAUUAGAGAAGAUCCACCAAAAGACUAAAUUUUUAUAAACAUGUGUGAAAUUGGAUACUUCUUCAUUUAGCAUUUAUGUUAAUUGCUAAUAACAGUUUUUACCAGAAUAAAGUGCGAGUUUGUACAAUAUAAGAGGGUGUAGGAGUGAUUUGUUUUAUAGUUUUGAGAUAUUUUAUAUCAGUACACUGAAAUGUUGGAAAUGUGUGAAUCAAGUGUGAAAAAUACAUACAUAAUUAAGUGUUGGGCAAUAUUUUUCUUUUUUAUUUCUUAUGUCCUCCAUAU